AUGCUUAUGGGUAAGAAAGUGGUGCUACUGAGAUGUCUCUAUCUGUACGAGAUGCUACCCAUGCUCCUAUCUCCGCCCAUGCCUUUGCCUUUACCAUCGAUGAGUAUGGAUCCUGCUCUUCGAUGGCAACGUAAAGUAUUUAAGGUGCUGGGUUCCGAUCAUCUGGAACAGGGUCUCUAUCCGCAAAUGAUUAUGCCUUUGCUUCUCCUGCACCUUAGGGAUAUGGGACUAACUAUAGAACACCCGGACCAUAGGCAUGUGAAAAAUCUCGAAGCAUCACUUCUAGGAAGACGUCAAAAUCUGGAUCACUUGUUGGAACAGGUAGGGACGCUGGGCGGGGUGCCCUAUGUUGUAAAGGGGAAAGCCAGAUUGGGAUCUGUUGUAGCAGGCUCGAUAAAAUUGACCCCACGGAGCGGUGGUUGUACCUUUGCUCUUACCGUCAGGUUCCACUUCAUCGACUGGAUUUUGAUCCCUGGAUAUAGAUCUGGAUCAGGAUCCCGCUCAAUAAGAUAUGGAUAUGGAUCUGUCUAUGUACCAGAAGUUGGAAGACCUUGA